GAUGGGCCUGGAGGGCGAAAGAAGAAAAUUAAAUAGAAAAGCCAAGUUGACGGAGGAGGGGCUGGGAGGCUUCCGGACGCCGGAAAGGUUGUCCCCGUCCCCGUUUCCACGGGCGUGAAGAUUUAGAGGCGCCUCCAGCGCGAGGGCUUUGAAACCGCCAUCACCUCCCGAUCCCUUCGGAAGGAAAAGCCGGCAGAGCUGAGGCCAGGGGUGGGUGGGUGGGGGGACAAGUAAAAGCUUGGACUUGUGUGCAACGCAUCCUUGGCUUUGGAUUUUAAGGACGCGAACGAGAAUUAACAGCGUUUCAAGGGAAUCUGUUGGAGAUGGUUUCAAGAUGUAGAACUCUUGUAAGUGAAGUAUCCCAAAUGAAUUUGGAACAUCCACAUUGAGACUGCUUCAUAUUCUGAAAUUGAAGAGUGCCACGGGAAGGCUGUAUCACUGUAUCAUGAGCUGCUUGGGCUUCUAAAGUGUUGGAUGGAGUUUUAAUCAUAUGAGGUAUUAUGCAGACACUAAAGAUAAUGGAACAAACAUGACACAAGUCCCUGCCCUCUAGGAGAUUACAGUUUUAAGAGGAAGGAAUGACAACCUAGAAAUAGAGUCAUGCGAAGCAGGUCAGAGAAGAACAUGGAGAGCGGCCACUGUCAGCAUGAGGAGCCCAACAAAUCAGCCUGGUGAGAUGAGAAAAACAAAAUGCAGCUUUCAAGGUUCACUUCAAGCAGUUGGCUUGUGGGACUCUGAGAGAUGCUGCCGCCCAUGACAUGUUGGAAUUAUCAUGAUCAACUACCCAGUUUGGAUUUCAGCCAGUGGCCAGGAGCUUUGCAUGGUAGACAGCAAGGGUUGGAUUUUUAAAAAGAGUAAACCAGCAGAGGAGGAAAUUCCUGUGUUUCCAGAACACCCAGAACUUUCAUCACAUUGGAGUAGGAUUGUCUGUUUAUUUCCAGUCACUAGAAGGCCCGUGACCGAGGUGUAGACUAAGAAGUGGAGUCAUGCUUCACACCGCCAUAUCAUGUUGGCAGCCAUUCCUGGGUCUGGCUGUGGUGUUACUCUUCAUGGGAUCCACCAUCGGCUGCCCUGCUCGCUGUGAGUGCUCCGCCCAGAACAAAUCUGUUAGCUGCCACAGAAGGCGGCUGAUCGCCAUCCCAGAGGGCAUUCCCAUCGAGACCAAAAUCUUGGACCUUAGCAAGAACAGGCUGAAAAGUGUCAACCCUGAGGAAUUCAUAUCAUAUCCUCUGCUGGAGGAGAUAGACUUGAGUGACAAUAUCAUCGCCAAUGUGGAGCCAGGAGCAUUUAACAAUCUCUUUAACCUUCGUUCCCUCCGCCUAAAAGGCAAUCGCCUGAAGCUGGUCCCUUUGGGAGUAUUCACGGGGCUAUCCAACCUCACCAAGCUGGACAUUAGUGAGAAUAAGAUUGUCAUUUUACUGGACUACAUGUUCCAAGACCUUCAUAACCUGAAGUUUCUAGAAGUGGGGGACAAUGAUUUGGUUUACAUAUCACACAGGGCCUUCAGUGGGCUGCUGAGCUUGGAGCAGCUCACCCUGGAGAAAUGCAACCUAACAGCAGUACCAACAGAAGCCCUCUCCCACCUCCGCAGCCUCAUCAGCCUGCAUCUGAAGCAUCUCAAUAUCAACAAUAUGCCCGUGUAUGCCUUUAAAAGAUUGUUCCACCUGAAACAUCUAGAGAUUGACUAUUGGCCUUUACUGGAUAUGAUGCCUGCCAAUAGCCUCUAUGGUCUUAACCUCACAUCCCUCUCCAUCACCAAUACCAACCUGUCCACUGUUCCCUUCCUUGCCUUUAAACACCUGGUAUAUCUGACCCAUCUUAACCUCUCCUACAAUCCCAUCAGCACUAUCGAAGCAGGCAUGUUUUCUGACCUGAUCCGCCUUCAGGAGCUCCAUAUCGUGGGGGCCCAGCUCCGCACCAUUGAGCCUCACUCCUUCCAAGGGCUCCGCUUCCUUCGUGUGCUCAACGUGUCUCAGAACCUACUGGAAACUUUGGAAGAGAAUGUCUUCUCCUCCCCUAGGGCUUUGGAGGUCCUGAGCAUCAAUAACAACCCGCUGGCCUGUGACUGCCGUCUCCUCUGGAUCCUGCAGCGGCAUCCCACUCUGCAAUUUGGCGGCCAGCAGCCCAUGUGUGCUGGUCCAGACACCAUCCGUGAGAGAUCCUUCAAGGAUUUCCACAGCACUGCCCUUUCUUUUUACUUUACCUGCAAAAAACCCAAAAUCCGUGAAAAGAAGUUGCAGCAUCUGCUAGUGGAUGAAGGGCAGACGGUCCAGCUAGAAUGCAAUGCUGAUGGAGACCCUCAGCCUGUGAUUUCCUGGGUGACCCCUCGAAGGCGUUUUAUCACCACCAAGUCCAAUGGAAGAGCCACCGUGUUGGGCGACGGCACCUUGGAAAUCCGUUUUGCCCAGGAUCAAGACAGUGGGAUGUAUGUUUGCAUCGCUAGCAAUGCCGCUGGGAACGACACCUUCACAGCCUCUUUAACGGUGAAAGGAUUCACUUCAGAUCGCUUCCUUUAUGCCAACAGGACCCCUAUGUACAUGACUGACUCCAAUGACACCAUUUCCAAUGGCACCAAUGUCAAUACCUUUUCCCUGGACCUUAAAACAAUACUGGUAUCUACAGCCAUGGGCUGUUUCACAUUCCUGGGAGUGGUUUUAUUUUGUUUUCUCCUCCUUUUUGUGUGGAGCCGAGGGAAAGGCAAGCACAAAAACAGCAUUGACCUUGAGUAUGUACCCCGAAAAAACAAUGGUGCUGUUGUGGAAGGGGAGGUGGCUGGACCCAGGAGGUUCAACAUGAAAAUGAUUUGAGGGUUUACCGUUCACACUAUUGUUUCUGUGUCAUUGUGGGUAACCAGUGAGACAGCUGGCACAGUGAAUUACCAGGUUAAAAGGCAGCCAAGUACAGCUGCCCCUGCGUCAAAGCAGGGUCCAUGGAACCAGGAGGACUUCUUAUGGAGACUCUCCACCUACAGGCAGGCAGACAUGUGUCAGAGCCCUUCACAGUGGGAUACUAUUGUUUGCAUUGCAAAUAUUGGCAUUCUGGGGAUCUCAGUAAUGAACCUGAACCUUUGGCUCAUGCUCAUGGACAAUUACUCAACAUUUUCUACCACUGCAAAAACAAAAGAAAAAAAAAAUAAAAAGGAACAACCUACAAUGUAGGAUUUACAUAUUAAAAAGACACAUUUGUCUAAAACAUACUCUACAGAAAAAUUUGUAUCUCUGAUUAUCAUUUGCUAAAGCCUUGCAUCAUACCAUAUUGUUGAUUCAGCACCACAAAGAAAUCAAUAUAUUCUUUACUCUUUUUUUUGAAACAUAUAUGCUGUAUAUGUUUUAAAGCAAUAUGAAUGAGAGGUUGUGCUUUUAGUUACUCACCAUUAUAGAUCCAAGUGUGAUUUCACCUUCCUUUACAUAGAGAUGACCCUGAGACUAGAUCCCUGGAGUUAUGGGCGGAGAUAUGUGGAAUGAGGAGUUUGUCUGAUGUAGGAUGCCAAGAAAUAGGACCCAAGGAAAAACUGCUCAACUCUGUUAACUUCUGUUACUAUAAAUAAAGGCAUGUGCCUAGUUUUGAUACAGAA